AUGCCCGAGCCCAUAACACUCGCCCUCGGAGCCGGAGCUAUAGGUCUGGGCUACAAAGCGAUUCGCAAAGCGAAGAAGCACCAUCGUGAGAAAGAAGCCCGAAAACAAAAUGCACUCACCGCCGCCGAAACCCAAAGCAUAAACUCAGACGUCCGUCAAGUAACACGCCACUUUACUCGCAGUACCGUUGGUGGCACGCUCGCUGCGUCGCUCAGCCAUGUGCUACCGCACAUGGUGUUACCUGCGGGCAUGAAUGUAUAUCUCUUCAAGAGGGCGAAAGACGAUUGGAGAAAGUUGAACGCGUAUAUGAAGGAGAAGGGGGCGACUGUCCGGAAAAGAGACGUCGCGAGGGGAAUAGGGCGGGCGCUGGUCGAGAAAGCGAUACUGGUCCCGAUUACGCUCGGACACGAUGACUUUUUGCUAGCGGUGCCGCAAGGGACGAUGUCAACGGCGGUCGCGGCACAUGCGGCACUACUUGAAGUCCCUGGAAUUGGAGAAGCAAACAAGCUCAUUCAAGCCCCAGUGGAGAUAUUCCAGCAAGACCAUCAUAUCCCAACUGCAGAUGAACGCCUGGAAGAUAUGAAGCAAGGACUUGUGGAUAUGGGAGGUUGGAACGCGCCGGCAAAGGAUCUUGCCGCUAAUGUGGGGAUUGCGGGGACCUUAGCGGCGGCGACGGAGUAUUUAGUGGAUCGACCGCUAGAGUACAGGGAGGGGAAGCUUCAAUCGGUGCAGUGAGUAGAUUGUCUCCUGUAUUGUUUUGCGUGGUCGAUAUAUUUUCUCCGAUGCGCUUUGUAGAAUCAUACUAUAGAAUGC